GACGUUAUUUGUCCACGUGAGCUUCAUUCAGCUGAGCGCUGCAAGGAUGAAUGGCUGGGGGGGUGGAAGAUGGAAACGUUGGAAAAAUGGAGCAGAGACAUCAUGGCACCUCAUCAGCUGGAUAAGAAGGCACAGUCCAAACAAAAUGGCAUGAUUGCAAAAAAUCUUCUCAACUCUCUUAAGAAACGCAAUCAUUUGCAGCUCCAGCCAAUUUCUCGCUCAGCAUGUGCCACUGGCUCAUGUCCAGAUCUGAUGAGUAGGAACGAGCAGCCAGACUCCCGGCCGCUUGCCGUGGCCCUGACGCCCCAGCUACCCCCAAGAACUCAUCGUCCCCUGUGUCUCUCAGUGUCCUCUGACAGCAAUGGACGCUUCAAAGCUCUGGAGACCCAGGAAUGGAAGAACAACCUCAAAGCUCAGAUGGAGCAGGCCCAUAGUGCUGGAGCAGCCAGCAGCACAGGUUCCCUGGAAAGAGCGUCUCUCUUUUGCGCUUCUGGCUCCACUACCACCUCCAGCUCUGGCCUCUCCAGUCCGGUGGAGCACCUCACCAAGAGCAAGUCCUCUAGUCGCUUUUCACUUUUCUCCCCACCUUGGAACAGCAGCUCAGAGUCUGACUCCAAUCCACCUUCCCGCUCCGGAUCUAAGAAAAUGCGCAACUACAGUCGCAGAGCUGGUCCUGGCAGUGCCAAAACGGGCCCAGAGACUCCAGAACCCAAGCAGAGCGUCCCUGAGCAUUUCCAGUACUCAGAACCAGUCAUAUCGAAGGUUACAGACUACAUUUUUGUGGGAAACCUGAACGCGGCUUAUAGUGGGCGUACGUUGUGCCGCAAUAAUAUCGACAGUAUCAUCGACAUGAGCAGCCUGCCUGGGGAGACUUGUUUGAGAGUCAUUCCUUGCACUUGUUCAAGGGGUGUCAAGCAUAGUUGGUCUCGUCUCAAAGUGGACAUAAGUGACCUUCCGGACACAGUCCAAGAAGGGCUGGCACUCAAGCAUCGAUGCUUCGAUGACAUCAAUGAGUGUAUCGAUGCCUCCACGGAGAAGAGGAAGCGAGUUCUGGUGCAUUGUCGUGAUGGUUUUUCCCUCGCCCCCACUUGCAUUAUUCAGUACCUCAUGGUCAAACAAAAUAUGAGGCUUAUUGCCGCCUACGAGCUGCUCAGAGCCAAACACCCAGUCAACAUUCGGGAGUCCCAUCAGAACGUUCUGGUAAGUCUCGAAAGAGCUCUGAGACCGGGUGGGAACACGGACCCAGAGUGCUUUAAACAGGCCAUCUCUCGAAAAGUGGCUUGGACCUGAUAGCGAACCUUGGGGAACCUCACUUUUAUUUUAGCGUUUUGUAUUUUGUACAUUUUAUUUUGAAUAUUAUUUCCAUUGUUAACUCUGUGGAAGGCAGUUUUUUAUUGUUUUAACUGAGCUGGAUGUCAUGGUGUGAGUACUAAUUGUGAAAAUGUACUUUGUUGUUCAGUGGCCAUUUUAGCAAAAAAAAAAAUCUGGGAAUUUGAGUCAUUCGUUUUGCUUCUGGCUAUACAAAACAAGAACAAACAUGCUUUGUGCAGCUGCUAAACAAUGCGAUUUGUCUGGGAAUAUAUCUCCUGUUUAUUCUUCUUCACGUGGGUACAUAGCCAUGCUGUGCAGGUUUAUGUUGAGGAAGAAGUUAGCGGGAGCCCUCAGGAUACAAAACGAUGUCAUAUAUGGCUGCAAACACCACUACUGAGGCUGAAACGUCAAACUGGAGUACUAUAUCAACUAAACAUCUUAAACACUCUGAGGACAAAUUGAGGACUAAACAUGAUUAAUCACUGAAUCUGGUAGUACAUAGCACAACCUUUGUUGGCCUCCUUAUUCAUUUGACAGUUAACCAGGGUUGAAAGAUGUACAGUAAGAGUAGUCCUCUAUGAGGAGACAUUUCAUUUACUAGGUUAAGUAGGUUAAUGUCUUUUAUUAAAUGUGUACUAUUCAACAUGUUUAAUCGAAUAAUUCAGUGCUUGGAAACAAUGUGAAUUUUGUGAUCGUGUAAAGCAUUGAAACUAACCCACUUUAUACCUUGUAUGGUUUGUUGGUAUUUGGAAAACGAGUUAAACAGAGUUGUGGAGCAAUGCUCAAUUGCUAAGGCUUGAUAUUGCACUUACAACAAGGAAAUGCACAAGUUUUGCUGAAACAUGGUUUGACUUAAUGUUGCACAGUGAAUAUAGAUCAAAAUAUUUUUAUUACGAUAAUGUUUAUGCUUAUAUAUAUAUAUAUAUAUAUAUAUAUAUAUAAUGAUUGUUGUUCCAUUGUUUCUAUUGUAUUUUGAUUUAGCCAUUUUGACAAAUGUAACCCUGAUAGCAAAUGUACGUCACUGAGACUACUUGAAUGCGUGCAUUUUCUUUAAGAGCAUUAUCUAGUUUGCAGUGUGUGUGUGUGUGUAU